CCAUGCUACAGUAACUUCUUUAAAAUCAUCAUUCUUCCUUGUCUAAAUCGGAAAUCUGUCUGUGUCCCGUUGGUCUAUUUUGUUAUUCGUCUGCAGUUUCUUCUACUUGUGCACUAUAUCGUUUCCACUGAGCGAGAGAAAGAGUAUACACACACAACACAUGCCAGUUCCUGUCCUUUGCCGCCCAUCACCAUUUUUUUCACCGUUUCGGCUCUGAAAUGGACAAUUCGUCACAGAGCAAACCGUCUAGUAGUUCGUCCAGUCAUUCGCCAAGUCCUGCCGCAAUUACACCAACACAACGAACAACACGAGAUUCCGGAUUGUGCUCAACAAUUGAUAUUCCCGAAAUUCAAGCACAAUGUAUUGAUAAUUUAAAUAGUCAUUAUCUCGGAAAAGGCACUUAUGGAUUGGUUGAGAAAACAAGAUAUAGAAAAACUAGGCAGGAUGACUUUAGGCCAGCAGCAAUCAAAUAUUCUUCUCAACUUCAUAUGGCAACUCUUAUAAGAGAAGCAAAAGUUAUGUGGGAUCUCAGAAAUCAUCCUAAUAUUAUAAAAAUUUAUGGACUGUACAAAAGCCCUCGGAAUGGGCAAGGAGUCGUUAUGGAAUAUAUGGAUUGUGGAAGCAUGGCCGAUUUACUCUACGACAGAACACACAUUAAUUAUACAAUUGAUCAUGUGGCUUCAUGGAUGUUUCAACUAUCAUCCGCCGUCGAUUUUUUCCAUUCCAACAGCCAAGUUCACAGAGAUUUGAAACUUCAAAACAUGCUUCUCUCUGAUCGAUAUCGAACAAUGAAAUUAUGUGAUUUUGGAACAUUUACCUCAAUGCAUCAAUCAAUGACUUCAAAUCGUGGAACUCCAAUCACAAUGGCUCCAGAAGUAUUUCGAUGUGAACAGUAUAAUAUGAAAUCUGACAUCUACAGUAUUGGAAUUAUAAUGUGGCAAAUUAUUGCUAGAAAUCAUCCGUAUCGAAGAGAUCUCUCAGUUCCUGGACUUUUAUAUAAUGUUGCGACAGCUAACUUACGUCCACAAGAACUCGAAUGUAAUCCUAUUUUGUCUGAAUUUUAUAAGAAAUGUUGGAAUGAUAAUGCUGAUAUUCGACCGACUUCUUCCGAAUGUGUAGAAUAUUUUACUCUUCUAAAAGAUGAAUAUCCGAAUGGGAGCGUACCUUUAUCGGAUUCUUCAACAAAUGGACCAGCAGAAACUCCUCCACCACAUGCUCAUCGACCAACAAUGCUUGGAACUUCUUCUGGAAGUGGAAUAGGAUCAAAUAAUCGAACACCAACUGCUUCAAAACUUUUAAAUCCUCAACAACCUGGACAGGGUCAUAGAAGAAAUCGUAGUGAGACUUUUGUAGUGCAACCGGAUCUACCGUAUCCAACGGUUCCGGGUGAAGCUGGUGCAUCUAGAAUACCAAAAUCUCAAAGUGAAGCUAAAAAUUUUCGGGAUAGAGCCAAAAGCGAGCAAAGGCAACCACAUAGAGACGCACGUCCUCCUCCUCCUUUUGAGCACCGAAGAGAUAGCAACGAUGAGGAAAAACAUGCCGUUUUUAUGAAUAUUUGUUCGAAUGAGGAGACUAGACCUAUUGAUCCUGAUACUCGUGACGAAAAAUCUUUGGAAAUCUUUCAUCAACACUGUGAUAAUAAUAAACAAUAUGCAGAUGCUUGGGUCAUUAAAAAAGAAGUUAUGAGAGCUAAACAUGAGCUAAUUGCCCAAUGGCCUCAACACGAUCACACGGUAGAACUUCUUGAACGGAAAUAUUAUCUGGAACAAGAAAUUGCAAGAUAUCGGGACAUCCAAGAUGAUAAUUACUUUUCAACUGAAAGAAUGUGAACUCAUUUCACUUUUUUUAAAAACAUUCUUAGAUGUAUACUCAUCUCUAAAUAACUUUUAUCUAUAUACUCACUUCUUGUUCAAUUUGAAUUCUGAUCACUUCCUGUCAACUUUCUCUUUCAGUCCCUCUUUUCCUGUCAAACUUCUCUCUCCUCUUUAAAACGCUGGUCGCUGCCGUCUGUCCUUCCGAAGUUCUAAAUGUAAUUGUUAUUAUCUAUAGAUUUGUGUAUUUAGUGUCUAGAUAUCAUUACAUGACUGUCGAUUUUAUGACAAGAAAACGUUUUGUGGAA